AUGGAUGAUGAAUUUUCUGACCUCGUCUUCGAUACUUCGGCACCCACAAUGCCCCAGGAUGAACGCAGCCUGCCCACAAGGCCCUUGCUUUUCAGCGACGGCGCACCCAUGUGCAAAUCUCUCUCCAAGGGUGGGUUUCAAUGCCUGCGCCUCACAGUCAAGACAAGGCUGAUCGAGCAGCCGCAGGGAAACACGCAUUACUGGGCUUCCGGAGAAAUGGCCUGGUGGUUCUACGCCGCCAGGGUGGUGCUGGAACACUUGCACGGGGUCCUGACGUCCCCAAGGCCUUUUGCAAAAUCUUACAUCUAUCUCCUGUGUCUGUCCGGCCCGUGGCGGUGUGGUCCUUGGAAGUCUGACGCAACAUGGCUCUCGCGAGUCAUCCACCAUUCCUACGGGUGUGUCGAGGGCUCGUUCCUGCACCCCUAUGCACCGUGGAUCGACAAGCACCUCAUGGACCGCCGCGACUUCCUGCGCUUCGACAUUUUCCUCCUCCAGUGCUGGUCCCAGAUGGAAAUGGACUCGGCGAGGAAGCGGACAGUUGACACAAUCUCAUUUAUCAACGAACAACCCCCAGAGGUCUGUUUCUAUGUAUUGGACAGGUACAUGGAGAGGGUGGCCCCCAGCCCGUAUCGACGAGGGCCCGACGAACCUUCGGCCAGCGACCGGCGUACCGCCUACCCGCGCGCAGACUUGGACGCCUGGUCCGACCUCCAUCCGGAUCUUGACGCUGGCCACCGGGUCAGCUUCACCGAGUAUGCCUGCCAUCUGGCCAAAGAACUAGCACUCGAGCUGAAGGCGGUCCAGGUAUUAGUCAGGUCCUGGCUCCUCCCGCCCGAGCGCGUCUCUUCCCUUUUCCAAAAACGGUGCGUCUUCAUGCAGACGCGACUUGAUUCGUAUAUCGACUGCUUUAUAGCCUUUGCGCAGCGACAAUUGGAGAUCUAGCGGCCUACUGUCCCGUCGUCCGCUUCGUCGGCUCCGGCUCCGGCUCCUCCGCCCAGCCCCGCGACGCCCACUGCUGAGGAGGAUGCCGAGUCGCCGAGCCAUUGGCAGUGAUAUCAGCAAGGGAUGAGUGGUAUGACUGCCGAGCGACCCCGUGGGGGGUUCGGGCGACUGGCAGCGUGCUUAGCUGGUGGUGUACUGCAAUGGCGACAACAUCUCAAAUGAACGAGGGGACACUGAAGAGAGGGCGUG